GAGAAGCUUUUCUCUACCCACUUGAAGUCAAGAGAGCAAGUGAUCAAUCCAAAACUAUGGAGUCUUCAUUGAUAAAUUCAGAUAUCAUCUCUGAUACGAAAGUGCCAUCGCAAAUAAAUCUGCCACCCGAUGCAAAAUUUAUGACUCAAGAUGAAAUAGACACACACAUAUUUUUCAUGCGUGAAGCUCUUGCCAUGGCAAAUCUCGCUUUGAGCACCAAUGAGACUCCCGUAGGUUGUGUACUUGUUGAUCCGACCCUUAAGAAGGUCGUAGCUAGAGGAAUGAAUGCCACCAACAGGAGCUAUAAUGGGACAAGGCAUGCAGAGUUUAUUGCCAUUGAUGAACUAUUAUCUUCGAGCCCCAAGGUUGAACGUGGCGAUGUGGAUGAAAAUAGAAGCGUCAAGAGAAAGAGAGGAGAGAGUGAAAUUGAGUGCCACGACGAAAAAGUUGAUGAGAGUGAAAAUUCAAAACGUAGCUAUGGGCCGGAGGAUAUGAGAAGCCUGGAUCUAUACGUCACGAUAGAACCAUGUAUAAUGUGUGCCUCAUUAUUGCAACAAUUUGGAAUACGGAAAGUGUGGUAUGGGGCGGUUAAUGAUAAAUUUGGAGGCAAUGGUGGAGUUUUGAACAUUCAUGUUGAGAAUGGAAAAUUCGAUAGUCAUGACGUCGCCGAAGACAAAGCGAAAGAUGGCAACGAUCAGACACUCGACGAAAUGAGAACCAAGAAACAUGAGGGCGAUUAUGAGGUUAGUGGCGGAUGGUUGCGAGAAGAAGCAAUUGUUAUUCUAAGGAGAUUUUAUGUCCAAGAGAAUGGAAGGGCGCCCGAGCCCAGAAAUAAGAAAGAGAGAGUCUUGAAGUUAGAGGUGGAACCAAUAAUAGAUUCGAGAGUGAAGGUUGAUGAAACGGGUUAAAUUUGAGAUCUUUCGGUCUACUGGGUGGCUUCUAAAGGAUAGACGGCGUAUGGUUUGGAAACAGUAGACAGUCGAUAUAUACCCCGGGUAGUAUAUUAUGAAAAGACAAGAUGAUGCAUAUCACGCGAAAAUUCAAUAUAUAAACGUCA